UACCUCAACACUAACAAGAGCAAGUCAGCUGAGUCAACAAGUAAUACUUGUCAAUACCUCAACACUAACAAGAGCAAGUCAGUUGAGCCAACAAGUAAUACUUGUCAAUAUCUCAACACUAACAAGUCAGUUGAGCCAACAAGUAAUACUUGUCAAUAUCUUAACACUAACAUGAGCAAGUCAGGUGAGCCAACAAGUAAUACUUGUCAAUAUCUCAACACUGACAAGUCAGGUGAGCCAACAAGUAAUACUUGUCAAUAUCUCAACACUAACAAGAGCAAGUCAGCUGAGACAACAAGUAAUACUUGUCAAUAUCUCAACACUAACAAGAGCAAGUCAGUUGAGUCAACAAGUAAUACUUGUCAAUAUCUCAACACUAACAAGAGCAAGUCAGCUGAGCCAACAACAAGUAAUACUUGUCAAUAUCUCAACUCUAACAAGAGAAAGUCAGCUGAGCCAACAAGUAAUACUUGUCAAUAUCUCAACACUAACAAGUCAGCUGAGCCAACAAGUAAUACUUGUCAAUAUCUCAACACUAACAAGAGCAAGUCAGUUGAGUCAACAAGUAAUACUUGUCAAUAUCUCAACACUAACAAGAGCAAGUCAGUUGAGCCAACAAGUAAUACUUGUCAAUAUCUCAACACUAACAAGUCAGUUGAGUCAACAAGUAAUACUUGUCAAUAUCUCAACACAAACAGGAGCAAGUCAGUUGAGUCAACAAGUAAUACUUGUCAAUAUCUCAACACUAACAAGUCAGUUGAGUCAACAAGUAAUACUUGUCAAUAUCUCAACACUAACAAGAGCAAGUCAGUUGAGCCAACAAGUAAUACUUGUCAAUAUCUCAACACUAACAAGAGCAAGUCAGUUGAGUCAACAAGUAAUACUUGUCAAUAUCUCAACACUAACAAGAGCAAGUUAGUUGAGCCAACAAGUAAUACUUGUCAAUAUCUCAACACUAACAAGAACAAGUCUGAACCAGCUAAUAUAACAUGUAAAUAUCUUACAAAUACUAAGAAUAUUUCAACUGUUGCUGAGAAUCUAGGAUCAUGCGGACCUGAGAGCCAUAAUGGCUCAAUAAGAUGUUCUGUAAACAGCAGCAGCUCUCCCAAGUCACGCGUGAGCACGAUCGAUAGAAAACUAGCAAUUGACACCAAAAACCUUUCAAUAAACAGUAAAAUUAGCAGCUCUGCCAAGGAGUGGAUCAGACCUCAACUCUCCAUACCGACGGAUGUGGUUGAUCGCGGCAACAUGUUGGAAUUAAAACACCUCAAAACGGACAACUUCCUUCGACAGAUAUCCGUCGGUCUGAAAAAAAUCUCCAACUAUAGAAAGGACCUCGAUGAAUCCUGUGUACCGGAUGCUAAAUCAUCCAAGGAUAGACCUGGACCAAAGCUGGUCAUGUCCCGCGACGUCCUGGAUCAGAAGUCCGUAAAUAGGAGAAUGUUUUUGUCAUCUUUCAGGAAGAGAGAAGCAAUGUCGGAGUGCAGAGGAGAGGUUAGUCAGGGCAGCUUCAAGACUAAUCAUUCACGUCAUACUCCGCCCAGUGAGCCCAACCAGAGAACCUCUGCACCAGCCACGCCCACCACCCUCAACACUCCGCCCACUGACCCCCACCAGAGGACCUCUGCACCAGCCACGCCCACCACCCUCAACACUCCGCCCACUGACCCCCACCAGAGGACCUCUGCACCAGCCACGCCCACCUCCCUCAACACUCCGCCCACUGACCCCCACCAGAGGACCUCUGCACCAGCCACGCCCACCUCCCUCAACACUCCGCCCACUGACCCCCACCAGAGGACCUCUGCACCAGCCACGCCCACCUCCCUCAACACUCCGCCCAGUGAUCCCCACCAGAGGACCUCUGCACCAGCCACGCCCACCUCCCUCAACACUCCCCCCAGUGAGAGCCACCAGAGGACCUCUGCACCAGCCACGCCCACCACCCUCAACACUCCCCCCAGUGAGAGCCAACAGAGGACUUCUGCACCAGCCACGCCCACCACCCUCAACACAGUCUUGCACAUGCUCAACCAAAAGAAGAUCGAGAAUGAAAGUUCUACUGAAGAUUCAUCACGAAGAUUUAAAAACGGUCAAAAAGUUCUGUUUUGUAAGUACCUGAAAUCAGACGGAGAACUUGAAGUACCGUCCAAUAGUGUAGCGUGUGAGUAUCUUAUUUGGCCGCGAGGGACGGGCUCUCCAGCGGUGUUGCCAUCGAGGGUAAGAGGCACGGGAGAAUGUGCAGACCGGGCGAUGGGGUCUCUUGGAGCGGUCCAGAAAACUAGCAGCAACUCUCAAUAUUCACUAUGUCUGAUGACUGAAAAUACAAGCCAGCCAGCGCCUUUAAACACUAAUGGUACACAACCAAUUUGCACAUAUUUUCAAAAUUUUAGUAACAUAGGUUGUUCGUCUUCAAAGCUCGACAAAAAUAACAGAGGGACUAACGAUAUCAUUAAUCCUGGCGAAGAAAAUAACAAGAAAGGUCUUUCACCUUGCAACUACGGUAUGAUAGUAAAUGACGUGAAACAAUCACACGAGGUUAGUGAGAGUUUAUCAGCGAGGCUAUCGUCCAAGCCUGCCAGUGUGGCUAGCCAAGAUCCUUCUAGAGACAGUCAUAUAAAGUUCAAUAAACUUGAUAAUACGAAGUCAAACAGCACUCGGCUUCUAAACUCUGCGCAUAACAAAAUAAUCAAACUACAUAAUACAACUGUAGACAUUUUAAGUACACUAAGGUCCGAGCCUUCUUCAGAUACAGCUAAGGAUUUUGUGCAUCAAGGUAAAAUACUAAAGACACGACAGCGUAGCCUCAACGACAUACAAGUCUGCGCAAACGAUACUAAAGAACGACAAGUCAACUCCUGUGAACUUGUUAUGAAUGUAAAGAGACGACUAUCCAAGUUAUCACUCUCGGGUGAAGAUCUGAAAGAGACCCACAACAACAGGAUUCAUUUGCCAGCCACAGCAGCACCAUCAAGACCUUCCUUUCAUGACGAUGAGACUGGCUUAGGUGCUGCUACUCGCGAUCCCGCUGUCCUCUGCUCUGUUGGCGUUCAGAUCAGCCUGGCGAGGAAUAACCCGCAGUCGAUGAACAACACUCUGUCGAAGACUGAAAACCUAUCAGAAACUAACCCUCUUUCGAGGACCAGCACCCUAUCUAGAAGCAGCACUCUGUCGGAUACCAGUACCUCUGCUGGACACAGCUUAGCCAGGGUUAUGGUGGAGGACGACUUCGACAGCUCCGGCAGCGAGGCCCUGGAGAAGUACGACCAGAACCUCGCAGCAUCUGUCAGCUCUGUGCCCGAAAGCUUCAGGGCCAAUGAUUUGGAUCUUGUGCCUCCGCCAACACCCUGUCAGGACGCGGGAGACAAAUGGAACAGUCCCGAUAAGGUUAAAAUGGAAACUCUGUCGCUAAACAAGAUUGACAUUUUUGCACCAUUUCUCAGUCAGACACCCACGUUCAUCACAGACAAUACGAAGCGGAAUAUAAGUGAAGAACCGAACAAAUUGGAGACGGAAAAUUACAAUUACUCUGUGCCAGCUGUCGGCCAACCGCCUACUGGAUUGGAAACUAUAACGACGUAUUUUUCAGCAGAGACAGAAUUCUUGGAACGUAGAAAUGACAAUAGUGUUCCUGGAAGUCUUCUUUCUAGCAAGAGCCACGAGACCCACGGCGAGAUGAGGAAGAAAGAGCUGAGAGACACAAGAGACCAUUGUGCUUCACGUCGCCAGUCAGUCAACGAGACACAAGUACCCCCAGACACAAGCUAUGGUGGUGGAACUAACAUACAGUCCUCGCUACACUUGAGUCGAGGUGUUCCUGAACAACUACGAAGAGAGACGCCGAUGACCUUUGGUAUGACAGACCUGGUGACAACCUUCAGUCUGGUGGACUCAUCCUUGUCCUCAGCCCAGGGUACUCUCAACCAGACAGGUGCACUCUCCUCAGCCCAGGGUACUCUCAACCAGACAGGUGCACUCUCCUCAGCCCAGGGUACUCUCAACCAGACAAGUGCACUCUCCUCAGCCCAGGGUACUCUCAACCAGACAGGUGCACUCUCCUCAGCCCAGGGUACUCUCAACCAGACAGGUGCACUCUCCUCAGCCCAGGGUACUCUCAACCAGACAGGUGCACUCUCCUCAGCCCAGGGUACUCUUAACCAGACAGGUUCAUUAAGUCUGACGACUGAGAGCUCCCCACCCUGGCCCUUCAGGACGCGACGGUCGUGUACAUUUCUGCUGAGAGUACAGGAAGUGUUAAGGAACCUGCCAGUCUCCGGACCUGAUAAUAUCUUGCCUGGUAUCGACUUGCCUCUUGAACCGACUCAGAACUUAUCCGCGUCUUGCAAUAACAACAUUUCUUAGAGUCACCUCACGAACAUUAUAAGCUCUUUAUUAAGAAAACAGUAUGAGCUGCGAAGAAUGUUUAUUAUUUGCAAAUUUUAAUAACUAUAAAAAGCACCUAUAUUUCGUUAGAGAUAUUGUUUACAAAAAAAAUGAGGAAAUUUGGCGGAGACUAAUUUAAAUUAAACACAAAAUUAGUUAGAACAACCUGACAACUAUUUUCAACAUAAGGAUAUUAGUUAAAUUCAAACUCCCAGGAAACUGGUCUGUUUUCACAUAUUCUAUAAAAUCGUCCCAUAGCAGGUUUCUCUUUUUGUCUCGCAGUCAAUUAUAAUGAAUAUCCGGAGUACCAUUAGUACCGGAUACUCCAUAUCCGGAGUAUCAUUUUAGCUGCAGCUGUUGUAAUCCGUGAGUCAAAUGGCAGUGAGGCGGUGUAAAUGAUAUCUUUGGAGGGCUAUUAAGGCCUAUUACCCUCUAAAAAGUUUAUAAGGUCUAUCAUCCUCUGGAGAAAUAAUAAGACCUGACAACCUUUGAAGAGUUAUUAAGAUCUAUUAACCUGUGGAGGGAUAUUAAGGCCUGUCAACCUUUGUAGGGUUAUUAAGGUCAAUCAACCUCUGCAGAGAUGUUAAGGACGAAGUUCAGGAGUAGAGUAACGUCAGUAUACAUUUAUAUAUAUAUAU